UAGCAGGCAAAGCCUGUCCAUAAACUCCAGCCUCUUCCCCCUCCAUCUGGCAGGAGGGACCAACAGAGAAAGAGAGAGAGAGAGAGAGAGAGAGAGAGGGGACCAGAGUGCGAGUAUAUCCACAGGGUUUAGAAUCGGAGGCAAAGGCAGCAUCCCUCCCUCAGUCAGAGACUGUCGUCACGGCGACAGGAGGUGUCUGUUCCACGGCCGAGAGACGGAAUGUGAGGUGGAAUCGGCAGCUAGUGGUUGCCGCAGCAACAAGAGCAUCUGAGGACUUCCAGGAUUCCAUGCAGGAGCAGAGAAGCCAAGGUUCCCGGGGGCUCAAAAAGAGGGGAACGGGGGUCGAUCUUUCAUACACCACCUCCUCCCUCGCUCCUACUCCUCCUCCGCUGCUGCUUCACUUUUUCUUUGAAGGACAGCUCUAAAUGAACCCUCCUGCUGACAGUGGGCGAGUGUGACUGGACGGACACAGAGAGUGGGACUGUGUUUGGGAACGGCAGAGAGGGACGUGGGAUUGAUUGGGAGGAAGACGGCGUGUGUGAGAGCGCGCCACAGUCAGUUGAUGGUGACUGACGCCGCAACAAAACGAGGAGGAUGAUCCGAGCCUAGCUGAGCCGAAAACUGUAUUCCUGUUGUUCCUCAGGAGGGAGGGAAGGCAAACCUGCACGCACUUUCUACCACUGACCAGGGGAGAGGUGUUGUCUCUUUCGUCAGUGGUUUGAAGGGUCAAGUUCUCCUCUUUUAUUCCCUUCCAAUUCUACCUGCAGCAAAAUACAUGGAAUUUACAUUCUCUGAUAGCUUUUGAAGACUGCCACGCUAUUCUAAAAGAGUAACAACUGGAUUUCACCCGGUACCAAAGGGAACUGGAUUGAGAUUCGACUCAGUCUCUAUUUCCAUAUAAUGAAAUAGGUGAGAAAUGUCUUUCUAACCUGGAAGGAUGAGCCAUUCUGUCUGACACCCCGUGAGGGAUUACGUGUGAAACGUUCAUCAUAACACUUAUUGUCCAGUUCAAGGAAAUACAAAGUUGGAAUAUUUCACCUUUUAGUUUGACUUUUUUACUCCAAACACACACACACACACACACACACACACACACACACAAAGACAAAAUGUUUUAGAUUUCAAACAAAGAAGUAGUUCAGAAAGAAAGGCAUCUUUGGGAGUUUCCUUUUUCAUCCUGAAUUGGAUUUUACGAGAGUUCGCAGUGGAUCAGUCUCUCAUACAAGCCUCCUAGCCAUGUCUCCAUGGAAGAGAAGAAUUCUGCAUCAUAGACAACUGAUUUCCAGCCAAAGUUACCGCUAAGGACACUAAACACAUGCUAGGGUCAAAUGAGCCGCGCUUCUUGCAUAUUUUCCUUCUUCAUCCUGGAGUUCGGUGUGUAUUCUUGGAUCUAACAACCUAACUGUCCUUCAAUGAUUCUGGCACCUUCCGUUCCUUCUGCGUCUGUCCUGAGAUGCCCCACCGUACACAGCAAGAGGAGGUUUAACCCCAGACCCAGCGAGGUCUCUCGGCUGCCCAGGCGUAUUUAAGAUGUUGAACCCUUCCCGUGUGUCCCGAGCCCCAGAUCGGAUCAGUAGCACUGCGGCUCCAGGAGGCCCCAGACAUGGAUCGUGGCUCGGCUCGCCCCUGCCCUCAGCGCUCCACACCCCGGCCUGUGAGCAGCCUGUGAAGGAUGUCCCAGAGCGGAGCUCCAGCCCGGGAACCCUCUGAGACCCCCAGUCAGAGAGAACAGAUCCGCAGCCACAUGAAGAUGGUGAUCGAGCAGCUGGAAGGAAUCCUCAAGGAGCUGAAAGAUGUGGCGCAUGAACUGCGGGAGGUGGUGGGUCAGAUCGACAAACUCACAUCUGAUUUCGACUUCGACCUGGAGCCCGACGACUGGACGGUGGCGACGGCGAGCAGCACAUCGAGCAGCGAGCGUGGUUUGGGUGAGGCCUUCAGACUGGACUUCCUCAGCCAGGACAUGCUCUCCGACGGAUGGGACUUCUGCAACUUCUUGGAGGCCUCCAACCGGAAAGCACACAGGGAGGAGACGAGCGAGGGCCAGGGGAGAACGUCAUUGUCCACGCCGAGGCCCACCACCGCCAGUGUCUACUCACAGAUGAAUGGGGGUCUCCCGAUCCCCAACGGACCUCGGAUCAUCACCCCGGACUCCUCCAGCGAGGAGGCGUCCAGCUCCACGCACAGCCAGAAAACCUCCCGCACAUCCGGCACCAGAGAACGCGUACGCUUCAGCGACAAGAUCCUCUACCACGCCUUGUGCUGUGACGACGACGAAGAUGAGGAGGAGGACGAUAAAAGGGACUGUGGGACUCCGGACACGGACAGCGAGCCCAGUCCCCUGGCUUGCUCGCCAGUCCCGCCGCUAUCCUCCUCUGAACUCCCGCCGGGGCUCUACAACUGCCGGGAAACGGCGUCUGCGGGACCCUCACCCGUGAAGGUCCCGGUGGUGGGCUCUCACACGCUUCCCAGGAAAGGUCUUCUCAACCCGGGCUGCCGGAAAAAACUGUUACGGAACAGCAGCACACAGACGGUUUCGGAUAAGAGCACUCAGACUGUACUGCCCUACGUCCCUGCCAAACAGAAAAACAAGGACCUCUGAGAGAACAGACAUAUUUACACUUACAAAACACCAACGAACUGAGACAGGAUUACAAAGAACUGUGUACUGUUUAAUAUUAAAUACAUAGCUAAUAGAUAAAAAAAAAUGAAUUAAUAAAUAAAUUAUAUAUGGGAAAAUUUAAAGACUUGCUAAAGUCAUUUUAUGAUUAUUGCACAUAUUGAAAAGAGAUAUUCUCAUCCCUUCAUACAUUAUGAGAGCUUGGUUUCCUUUGAG